AGUCGGAGUGAGUGAUGCGGUUAGCCGCAGCGGCAAGAGGAAGAACCCGGGUUCAGCUCCACUCAGUAUCGCCUUAAAAAAACCACACACCCCGGUCCCCCCGUCUUCUCCGAUAGAUCGCAGCUAAUUACGCUUUAGAUUGACUUAUUAUUUGUCCUCAGGGAAAGAAAUCGGCGGAGGGCGAAAAGGAACCGCCAUUUUAACGGUGUAAAAACCCCACGUUUUUCGGUGACAGCGGCACAACAAGCACAAACAAUGGCUCUGAAAAGAAUUCACAAGGAGUUGAACGAUUUGGCACGUGACCCUCCAGCCCAGUGCUCUGCAGGUCCAGUAGGAGAUGACAUGUUUCACUGGCAAGCCACAAUAAUGGGACCGAAUGACAGUCCUUACCAGGGCGGUGUGUUCUUCUUGACCAUCCACUUCCCCACAGACUAUCCCUUCAAACCGCCAAAGGUUGCGUUCACCACGCGAAUCUACCACCCCAACAUCAACAGUAACGGCAGCAUCUGCCUGGACAUCCUGAGGUCACAGUGGUCCCCCGCCCUCACCAUCUCCAAAGUUCUCCUCUCCAUCUGCUCACUGCUAUGUGACCCGAACCCUGACGACCCCUUAGUGCCUGAGAUCGCCCGCAUCUACAAGACAGACAGGGAAAAGUACAACAGAAUAGCUCGGGAAUGGACACAAAAGUAUGCAAUGUAGCUGGAGAUCGUGAACGAUGGAGAAAUCACCUCUGCAUCUAUGGCGAGGGGGAGCUUCGCCAGAAAAGAGGGAAAAAAAUCUCAUUGGUUUCCAUUGGAGUGCUUUCUUUGAGCCACGCCUCCUCUCCCCACUGCACUUGUUCCCCCGAACCCCGCCCGGCUGACAUGUUGUACAUAUUUCAGACUGCGAUCAUAGACGACCCCCCCCCCCCCCCCCCCCCCCCCCA